UGUUUCCAGAAGGGCAAAGAGAUGGCACUGUGGGAGGCUGGUUUACAGGGACGAACAAACAUAGAUUGCUAAAGGGACGAGGUCGGAGCUAUUAAAACGUUUGAAGUUGUCUUUUCCCUUUCAUGGAUCCUGGGAGAGGUCCUCACGACUAUCAAGGUUGGGGAGUUUCAAGAAGGAUUGGAUGGCAUCACCAUCACUUUCGGCCCCCAGUUCCAGUUCCUCCGUCUCCAUCGCCAACUCCAUUCGCUCCAGCUCCAGCUCCAUUCCCAUCUCCUAUUACUCCAACACCAUUCCCAUCUCCAACUCCAUCUCCAACUACUCCAACUCCAUUCCCAUCUCCAACUCCAUCUCCAACUACUCCAACUCCAUUCCCAUCUCCAACUCCAUCUCCAACUCCAACUCCAACUAUAUCACCAGCGUCAACAAAAACAACAGCGCUUCUAUCUUUGAUUCCUUUUGUGGUGUUCGUAGGGGUGGUAGCUCUUCUAGCGUUUGGGCUUUGGUGGGUCUUUGAGAGAAAAAGGAAAGAUGAUGGUGGUGAUGGAGAUAGGGAAAAACAUGAAACUCGAGUCGAGCUAGGUUUUAUCAGCUAUCGCAACGAAGCGGAGCUCAAGCAAGCCGAGGAUGGUUUACUAAGAGGAAAAGAGGGAGACUUUGGGAUUGACGUUGGCGCACAGGAAUGUUCAGAAGCUACAAUACACCAUGUAGAUUCUAUCCAAACUAGCAGCAAGGAGAGAGUUGGUGACGUCAAUAGUUGCCAUGCACAAGAAUCUUCAGAAACUAUCCAAACUAGCAGCGAAGAUAAAGCUUGCGAGAUAGAAGAAUUAGGUCAUGCCAAGGAACAAGGUGGCGGCGGGAACAAUAGAUUCCAGAAGAGCCAAUUCGGGAGGUCUUUGGCCGCAGAGUAUGUAGAUGCUGCAAUGGCUUGCAUUCGUAACGAUGGAACAGGGACAAAUUCCUCGUUUACCGUCGUAAGGAUGAGGACCGCACUGAUAAAACUCACCCGGGCCAUGGAAAUUCUGAAGGCGGAGAGCAGUGAGCACGAGGGCCUGUUUGAGGUCUUCAACUUGAUGGGAUUUGCAAACCUGGAGCUCGAAAAUAUUCCAGUAGCCUCCUCACACUUCGAGAGGGCAAAGGCGAUCGCUGAGAAGAACUUUGGAAUGGGGCAUCCCAGCAUCUUGGCUGCAGCUCUCAGCCUGGUAGCGGUAUACUCGUCCAUGAACAGAUGGAGCCAAGCAAUUAGAUGCCAGGCCGAGGUUCUAGAGCACCUCCAGGCACAAAACGUGCAUCCAGAUGUUCUCAAGGAGCACAAGGCCAAGCUCCAGAGGCUACACGAUGAAGAGCUUCAACAGUGAUUUUUAGAAGAUUACCCCAGUAGCUCAACAGUCAAGCAAUGCUCCUUGAGAACAGUUAGAGAGGCUAAGGAGAGAAAACUUUUAGAGUAGAAAAUGUAAGAUUAUUU